CGUCGCUUCACCAGUUAUUACCGAUGGUCCCACACUGAACUGGUCCCAGAUAAACAGUAGAAAUAAGUGGGGAUGAUUUUCCUUUCAGAUGAAUAUCUAAAGUUCUAACACAUUAGUGUCCAAAUACUUACUACUAAAUGCUACUUGUCUCUUUAAGUAACACUGUUACUGAACCAAAGACAAACACAAGGUUUUCACGCAUGUCUGUCGUAUUCAGUCGUCAUUUCAAGGUCGUGUUUGCCGGUGCUGCGUGUUCUUACCCAGUGGACAGGAGUUAAAGAGGGGACGGAUAAGGGAGGAGAGAUGAAUGAAAGAUCAAAAUGAGUGUAGGAAUCAGAGAUGAAAACAGAUGGAACAGAAGCGCCUGUUGUGGAUUUGUAUGGAUGGAUUAGAGAAUGUGUGUGUGUGUGUGUUCUUUGUGUUUGUUUGUCUGUAUGUGCGAUAGUAGAUUGUGUGUUGUUUGUGUGUGUGUGUGUGUGUGUGUGCGUGCGUGCGUGCGUGCGUGCGUGCGUGCUCACGAGUGUGCGUGUGAUCAUGAACUGACAGCCACGCUGCUCGCAGAGGUCGUGUGACGACCAGAAUCCUCCGUCAGUCUCUGCGUGUGAUGAGAGGCGGCGGCUGCAGGGGGAGGAUGCUGCGACUCCACAAGGAGGCUGAGGACACAGAGAGGAGGUGAACAGGUUGGAGGACUGAGGCUCCUCGGCGCUCACGGCCGACCCCCUGCUGUGCUCCAGCCCCGUCGUGCUCCGCUCCCAGCGUGAUGGCGUUCCUGCAGCACAUGCGCUCCCCUCGCCUCUCCUUCCUGCAGACGCUGGUGUCUCUCUUCCUGGGCAGCCUGGCCCUCAUGUCGUCCUACUGGUGCGUGGGCAGGCAGAAGGUGCCCAAGCCGCUGUGUUCGCCCACCAAGCACAGCAACUGCAUCCCCGUGCCCGGCGUCUCCAACUCCUCCAACAUCCAGUUCUUCUGGGAAACGGGGGACGACCGCUUCGUCUUCCCCAAGUUCCACACUGGCCUGUUCGUCAUCUGCGAGGAGAACGUCUAUGCAGAUGCAUGGGAAGAGAAGUGUCGAGGUUUUUACACGCUGACUCCAGGAGAUGAGAAAGCCAUGAUGUGGUUGUCGCUGUCGCUGGAGCUCAUGUACGUGGGGCUGCUGGUGAUCAGCUGCCUGCUGCUGUCGCUGCAGCUGUGCCUCGGAGCCUGGUUCCCCUCCACGCAGCGCUGGGGCCACAUGCUCAACGCGUUCGCCGCCGUCUUCACCGUCCUCGGAGGGCUGCUCGGGAUGGUGGGUCACAUGAUGUUCAUGCAGGUGUUUCAGACCACGGCCUCCAUGGGCCCAGAGGACUUCAAGCCUCACAGCUACGGGUACUCCUGGGCCUUCUACGUGGCCUGGUUCGCCUUCACCGUCUGCAUGUCGGCCGGCGUCUCCACGCUCAACGACUACACCAAGAGGUUCCUGAUGGUGGGACCCAGACGGGGCUCCGGCCUCAACCCCUGCAGCUUUAACUGGCUCCUGCCCCCGGCGCCGUACUACAGCCCCCCCAUGCCCCCCAUGGCCCUGGCCUGUCCCCCGUCUCCCCCUAGGAUCUCCCACCUGUCUCCCUACUUCGCGCCGCCGCCGGGGGACUUGCCCUCCUCCCCCCCGAGGCUCGUGCACUCCCACUCCUUCCCUCUGUCGCACUCGGACUCCUUCCCCCCUCCCCCCUCCCAUCCAGCGCCGGCCUCCCCCUUCCACCGCCUUUCUCUCCCGUCUCCCCCUCUGUCCGUCUCCGUCCACACCCUGUCGGGACACCAGGAGCCGGACUACAGCCCACUGUGAGAAGCAGUUGACUGUGUGAUGGAAUGCGCCUGCGUCACUCACAGCGAUGGACUGCGGUCACCAGGAGACAAAAGGAUCCCAUGAAGGUUCUCUAGGGAACCAGCUGAUUAUGUCUCAGUGUCCGGAGGCCGUUCAUCAAAGACCAUUGAUCUACGUUGGUCUUUGGAGGAAAGCGGUCAAGAGGUGUUAGUUCCACAUUUGAGGAAUAAAAAAGUAAAUAUCAGAUGAAACCUAGUGAUUUUUUACGUCAGACAAAGACAAAGGAGACAAAGAAUAAUGUCAGUAAAUCAAGUUUAAUAUAAUUCAUGAGAAAUAACUCUAACAAAAAUAAAAAGGCAUCAGACGUGUGAAGCUUUAUGCAAAACUAUACAUUUACACGUCAAGCAGACGCCUGAGUGUCACAGCACAACAAACAUGGAUCUGAUUACACCGGAG